CCUCUCCUUUAUCCACAUGCACCACUAGUACUCCUUCUAAUCGGCUUCCUUUUUCACUCAAAGCUUGUUAAGCACCAUUAAAAGAUCGAGCAACAAUCAUAAUCAUCAUACAAUUAACAAAAGAUAAUCAUUGAAUUAUCAAAAGUUAUGCAAGGCGAAGUCAAUCAAGUUGGUUUAAUCUCGCAUCUCUACCACCCCAUUUGCAACCAAAUGGCUCCUAAACAAGAAGGUCAGCCAAAACGGCGUCGGAGGAGAAAGAACAAGGGUGAAGGGAAUAGUUCAGCUGCCAAGAAAAGGAAGUUAAGUGAGGAGCAAGUGAGUAUGUUGGAGAUAAGCUUCGGUUGUGACCACAAACUGGAGGCCGAACGAAAGGAUCGUCUAGCUGCGGAGUUAGGUUUGGAUCCGAGGCAAGUUGCGGUCUGGUUUCAAAACCGUAGAGCUCGUUGGAAGAACAAGAAGCUAGAGAAUGAAUACUCCAAGUUAAAAAAUCAACAUGACAAGGUUGUACUUGAGAAGUGUUGUCUUGAAACUCAGUUGUUAAGCCUGAAAGAUCAACUGAAUGAUGCAAAGAAUGAAAUUCAAAAACUAGGUGGGAGAUCAUCAACAUCAUCAUCAGCAAUAUCAAGCAACAGUCCAAGCUCUUCAUUAACAUUGGAUCAAAAUCCUAACAUCAUAAACACUCAACUUCUUGAGGAACAAUUUGGAAUGGGAGGAUGUUUCGAUAACAUGUUUUACGUCCAUGACACUAGCUACGUGCCCAAUAUGGAUUGGGUUGAUCUCUAUAUGUGAAUUAAGUUUAAAGUAGUAAGUACGUAGAUAAUUAAUUAAUCAAGGUACCAUGUUUUUAAAUAAGUAGCUAGGGUGGAAAUAUUAAUCAAUCGUAGUCUAUAUAUUGUAAAUUAUAUUUAUUUCACUAAUCUAAUUUUAGUAUUUUCUGUUUGUAGCAUUCUAUGUUCAAAUAUGUAAUGACGUUUAGUUUAAUCAUUAUCUAUCAAGUAUUUCCCUUAAUAUAUGUUGAAAAUCUCAUUUUUAUUUA